GUCGACGCAAGAGCGUACCACUCUCUUCAUUUUCAACCAGCCGGCUGUUGUCGACGACCAGUACCACCAAGUAGUAAGUAGUACCGCAUUUCCUACGAAUUGUGAUAGUACGUUACAUUCGAUCAGUACAAUUCGAAAUUUGUGCGUGUCGGAGCGGAUUUUCGGUACUUCUUGACACGAGUGACGCGUCUUCGUCUAGUCGAGAGUCUGGCUGUCUGUUCCGGUGCUAUCGGUACUACUUGACAACUUGGUGCUUUACCGAACCUGUUACCACAACAAUAGUGACCUGAAGAAAUAACAUUAAGGAAAUCCUGCCGGCUAAUUACAUAAAGAAAUAGUUAUUUUACCUUCCCGACUAACUGUCAUGAUCGAAGUAACUGGUGUAUUGAAUUAAAAUACAUUAAAGGAAUUCCUUGUGAAAUAGAGUGUUCAACGGUGCGCGAUUUUUGUGAAGUGAUGUGAAACGGUUGAAGAGUAAAACCAUCAAAUGGUCGAUAAACGAUUUUUGAUGAACGAAAAAUGGUAUCUUAUGUAAACUUUUGGCUGCUAUGUUUUUGGAUUAGUGCACUUGUGGCAGUUGUUGUGACAUUUCCGAGGGCAAACCCGGCUCUGGAAAUCCUAGACGAACUCCAUGACGCGGAGAUUUACAAAGCCGUCUUGUCGUCCAUGAACGAUUGGAAGCGAAAGCAGGAGCAGAAGAAAAUCACUAACAGGUUAAAAAGGGAAGACACAGUUUCAGCUUGCUACAGAGAUUUAGGAUGUUUCGAAGCGUCAGGACCCUUUGGGUAUCUAGACACUGUUCCGGACAAACCGGAAGAUAUAGGUACGAAGUUUUUGAUGUAUCCUGGGAGAAGGAGAAGAAAAAGAGGAUCUCCACCAGCAGAAGUGCCUUUUGAGAAAUUAGAUGACGCUUUUGAAUGGGCCAAAGAUGGUUUUAAUGGUAGUUUACCGACAAAAGUGUUAGUUCAUGGUUUUGGAAGCGAUUGCAAUUAUAUUUGGGUUUACGAAAUUAGAAGCGCACUCAUGGCUGUGGAAGAAGUCAAUAUCAUAUGUGUAGAUUGGAGCAAUGGAGCUGCGCUACCGAAUUACGUAAAAGCUUCUGCCAAUACAAGACUGGUAGGGAAACAACUGUCCCUUCUCCUUAGAGGACUGGUAGAAAAAAAUGGACUGUCUUUGAAAAAAACUCAUAUUAUCGGCUUUAGCUUAGGAGCUCAUAUAGCUGGAUUUGCUGGAUCUGAUCUUGGAAAUUUAAGCAGAAUAACGGGAUUGGACCCCGCAGGCCCACUCUUCGAAUCUCAGGACCCUCGAGCGCGACUGGACCAAAGUGAUGCUGAAUUCGUUGACGUAAUUCACAGUAAUGGGGAAAAUUUAAUACUUGGCGGCCUCGGAUCGUCACAGCCGAUGGGUCACGUUGAUUUCUAUCCUAACGGGGGGCGAAUGCAGAAGGGAUGUAGCCAUUUGUUUGUCGGUGCCGUCAGCGAUAUUAUUUGGUCUAUAGAGGCUCCUAUUGCUGAAUUAGCUGAAACUGUAAUUUCUGAACUUACACAAAAACCUGUAAAUAGAAAUAAUUUUAAUCAAGCUUCAGCAGUAGAAGGACGUUCGCUAUGCAACCACAGAAGAGCAUACCAUCUUUUCAUCGACUCCGUCUCGCCGAGAUGCCACUUUCCAGCGUUUCCUUGCGAAUCUUAUGAAGAUUUCAUUGACGGAAAAUGUUUCCCGUGUACCGAAGAGAGACAAUGCGGAAAUAUGGGAUAUUAUGCUGAUCGCUCCAAAGGAAGGGGACAGCUUUAUUUAAUAACCAGAGAAGAAGAACCGUUUUGUGCUCAUCAAUACCAUGUCAAAAUUGAAACAAGCCCGAGUCCCGUUCCUAUAAAGAGCUACGGGAAAAUACAAAUUACUCUGGUUGGUGAGUCCGCUCUAAAUGAGACCUUUAUGAUGACAAGGAAAGACGACGAGGAAAUGCGCCUAGGAGAAUCUAUAUCUAGAAUGCUGGUUCCACAUCCGAUUUUAUCACAACCCGUUCAAAUAGAAAUACUCUACACGGCUUAUAGUGGUUGGCUUUCUUCUGGUUUAACUCAAUGGAGAAUCAACAAAGUUAUUUUAAUGGAUAGCUUUGGAAAAACGUCUUCCGUUUGCAAAAAGAGUUUGGUUUUAGAAUCAGGAAAGCCAGUCUUACUUCCUUUAUAUCCAGGAGAAUGUAACAUUCCUACCAGCGAUUAUGAAGCAGAAGAUAGGAUACACAUUUUAGAUGAUAAUACAACAUCAACAACAAAAACUUCAAGCUUUAUACCAACUCAAGUUGUCAAAGAAGGUAUUAUAGAUACAAACAAUAAAUCAUCGGACAAGGACAACAUAUCUUUUAAAAACGCAAUGGAAUUUUUUAACAUACCUUGGACGAAUGAUAGAGAAAACUAUGUAUUAGACGAGACUGAAUCUAGUAGAGCAUUCAAUACCAGACCAGCUAAAAAUGGUUAUAAUGACGGUACUAUCAAAGAAAUAGUAGAACCGAUAUUGAAACCGCAUUCUAGCAAAAAUGCUAGAUCACACGAUCCCAAUAAAGAAGUAGAAAUAACAGAACCUUUGUUAGGACCUACAACGGAUAAAAAUGCUGCUCUUAAAUCUGUAAGCACCACUACAACAGAACACGGAGACAUUAAGACUACCACAAUUAAUCAACCAUUAGAAGAAGAAGAUUCUUCGAUUUGGACACCUAAAAAACCAUCUAAUACAAAAAAGGAACCAAGAAAGAGACAGGAUGAAUCCAGAAUUUUAUCUGGUUUCGAACAGCCUGAAAAUCCCAUAGAAGCUAUAGUAAACACAGUUCAGUUCUUACCUCAGAGGCUUGCCAGGAUGUUUGAGCAGGCUGAGAAAUAUGCUAAAGAAACAAUUUUGCCGCUAGUUAGUACAUACACUCCAAGAUUCAUAUCAGACAUUAUAACACCGCAAGAAAGUACAAGCCAGAAAUACGUUCCAUUAAGGUAUGAAGAACCAACGACGAGACCGAUUAUAUCAUCAACUGUGUUGUCUAAUGCAGAAAGAUAUAGAAAUAAUAAAAAAUUUGAUCCCCCUCCUUCUAUUCAACCAGAAGUCAAAACUACAGAUUUUACUACUCCGGUGACGAAUAUCCAGAAAAUAAGAAGAAAGGGUGAGCCUGAAGAGAUUCAACCAGAGCAGUUACAACUAAUAAAGACGCUUCAGAAUAGGAACAAAGACGAACUUGUUGCCGCAGAGUCUCGCCACACGAAAGAACAACAUGCAGUAACGUACCUGAAGACGACUCCGAUGCCCAACGAGGCCAGAAGAGCAGCACGGGACGACCUCAAUGCAGAAAGAAGUGCUCCAAAAGAUCCAUUAAAUUCGCUGAUAAACACAGUACAGGUAAUUCCAGAAAAUAUAGGAAAGAUGCUCCAUCAAGCGGAACAGUUCGCCAGAAACAACGUCUUACCGUUCGUCGCAAACUUGACACCGAAGUUUAUCAGCGAUAUUUUCACUCAGAAACCAAACGAACAUCCUAGAUAUAUUCCUUUUUCUAGCGAUGAAGCUCUGAAGGAGCAGAAUAGAAAUAGGCGAAAUAGAGAUAAUGGGAAGAUGGUUGAAGAUUAUGUUACAGAGGAGGCUCCGGAUAUUUCUACUGCUUACAGCCAUAUACAGAGGAUUCCGAAGAAGACGAAUUAACUGACGUUUGUAAAGUUGUAUAAUUUUGUACAUAUGUUUUUAAUGAUUUAAUUGUUGUAAAUUAAAGUUUUUUGUAUGUAUGUAUUAAGUAAAAGGUAAAUUUUAAAAUAAGUAAUAAAUAAUAUGCUUUGUAAGAUAUUUACCAAAUUACUUUUAUCUUUCUAUUCUUUUCUGAUGUUAGAAUUAUGACAUUGUUCAUUGUCUAUUAUUGAGUAAUAUUUCCUACACCGAUGACAAGUUGCUUUGCCUUUGAUGUUUUUUCUGGUAUUAUCGUUUCAACUGAUUCUACAAUUUUAUCACUUCUUCUUCUUUAAGUGCCAUCUCCGCUACGAAGGUUGGCAAUCAUCAUGGCUAUUCUGACCUUCGACGCAGCUGCUCUGAACAAUUGCCUUGAGCUGCGACCAAACCACUCUCUCAAGUUCUUCAACCAGGAAACGCGUCUUCUUCCUACGCUUCUCCUACCCUCUAUUUUUCCUUGAAUUAGGAGUCUUAAGAUGUUCACUCCAUUCCGAAAUCCAAACUGGGAAUCACUAAUAUCCAUCUUCAGCUUAGC